CUCAGAGUGAAUGUUGCAUUUGAUUGUUGAAUCAGACUUGGAUGCACAUCUCUGUCUUUCAUGCUCCACACUUCACAUUAUCUGAUCAACUCCUGUUAAGGUGUGUUUAAAGCAAGACAUUGUCAUUUUGGGUAUUAGUCUCCACGUUUUCUCAACAUGAACGAAUCUUUGAUGCAUUUCCAGCUGUCCUGCAAUACGAGUCCAAGCUCACCACCUGACCUUUACAUCAGUGUCACCAAACAGGAGCCCUACCAUGUCGCCAUCCCUAUGACGACUUUCUACAGCGUCCUGUUUAUCUUUGGGGUCCUAUCCAACGGCGUUAGCAUGCUUACACUCCUCAGGGAUGCCCGCUUGAAGGUCAGCGCCAUACAGCUCUACCUGCUUAGUCUGGUUCUAUCUGACAUCCUCCAGCUACUGACAAUUCCCAUCACGGUAUACCGUUAUUACUGGGAAAGCUACCCAUGGAGACUCGGAGAACCCUUGUGCAAAGCUUACUUCAUGGUGCGCCAGAUGUACUGCGCCACAACCAGCUGGGUGAUCCUUGCAUUUACUAUUGAGCGUUAUGUGGCCAUCUGUCAUACCAUGUGGUCGCUUGCUGGUCUCAGGAGGUCACGACUGCCCUGUCUUCUAGGCUGGAUCUGGCUACUAGCAUUAGGGACUUCAGUGCCAUUUGCCCUCGUCUACAGGCAUGCCCGAGCCUGCAUCCUAGAUUAUGGUGCAACGUCACCUGAUGCAGCCUUCGUCGUGUCCACCAUGUGUGAGAUGACCGAGCAGGAGCCUUCUCCUCUUUACAAGGGAGCACUGCUUCUGAGGAGCAUCCUCUGCUUCUUGGUCCCACUCGUGUGCAUCUUUGCCCUCUACAUACUCAUCAUUGCCCACUUUCACUACAACAGCCGCCAGCGCAUGGCCAUGGGCAUCACUAGGGCUGUAAGUGAAGGAGGAAAUCCACCAUGCUUUCAGAAUGGGAAGCUGCUGAUUCAGGAGAAACGGGCUUUGCGACUUAUGGGGGCUGUGGUGGUGACUUUCUUUGUGUGCAACUUCCCCGACAUUGCAUCCUCGCUCAUGCAAGUCUAUGUGGACUCGUGGUCAGGGACGGUGCUAACGGUAUACACGGUGCUCAAGUCCUACCUGUCGCUGCCUCUCUGGUAUGUGAACAGCGCGCUGGACCCUAUCCUCUUCUGCAUCUCCUCGAAAAUAUUCCGGAAAGCGUGCUGGGAAACUGUGGAGCCUCUCAGAUCGAGAUGUCUGCGUGCACGGAAAGACAGAAACCCGAUGUCAGCGGCGAACAUGAUUAGCCAGAAUUCCACAGGAGCAGUUAGCACAUCAGCCUGAAAACUCUCCAUUAGUCUCCAUUUGAGCCAAUUCCGUAUUAACGUGUACACUGUCUGGAAGCAGCACAUUAUUCCAGCACCUGCGGAUGAAAAAUGUGUUGUGGGUUUUAUGGAUAUACAGUGGGUUCAAGUUCUUUGUGAUUUUAGCAUGAGUUCAAUCUCAGGAUUGCUUGUAUUGGUAACAGCAUAAUAAGAAAACUAUUUGCUAUCUUCUACAUAGCACAGGGUAUAAAGAUGGGUGAAUUCUGCUGACUGUCAAUAGGCAUAAAUGUCUCUUGUAUAAUUUGUGAUUGCUCUUGUUUAUGUCGUUACAGUUAAAACGUUACUUGAGCCUGCCGUACCAUUACAUGUGAAAAUGUCAACGGUUUCUAAAAAUGAUUAUCCCUGUGAUAAUAUAGUGAAUCUAUGGACCAUGAUUUGCUAGAAUUCAUCAUUAUACUUGCACCACCUCCUAAAUCCAAAUAUGUAAUGAUCAAUUAGGCAUGUUUAUAUUUGUUUAGCACAUCACUAAAAGAAAAAGAAGAAGCAUGUAAUCAUUUGGAAUUGCAGUUAUUUUGUUAGCUUGCAUUGGAUAUUUCUCCCAACAUUAAAAUCCCCUCUACCCCCUGCCACUUUUAUUUUUUUUAAAUUGGUG